GGGUGAGAGUUUACUUACUGUUUGCACAGUUGCUUGGCUCCUCUGGCUAAAGGGUGCUGGGCUCCUGUUAGCUGAAGGUUCUAACUGGCCUCCUCUGAAACCAUGGCUUUCCCUGCAGGCUUUGGAUGGGGUGCAGCCACAGCAGCUUAUCAAGUGGAAGGAGGCUGGGAUGCAGAUGGAAAAGGCCCUUCUGUCUGGGACACAUUCACCCAUCAGGGAGGAGAGAGAGUUUUCAAAAACCAGACUGGCGAUGUAGCUUGUGGCAGCUACACUCUGUGGGAGGAAGAUUUGAAAUGUAUCAAACAGCUUGGAUUGACUCAUUACCGCUUCUCUCUUUCCUGGUCACGUCUGUUACCUGAUGGGACGACAGGUUUCAUCAACCAGAAAGGAAUUGACUAUUACAACAAGAUCAUUGACGACUUGUUAACAAAUGGGGUUGUGCCCAUAGUGACGCUCUACCACUUUGAUUUGCCUCAGGCAUUAGAAGACCAGGGAGGUUGGUUGUCAGAGGCAAUCAUUGAAACCUUUGACAAAUAUGCUCGGUUUUGCUUCAGUACCUUUGGUGAUCGGGUCAAGCAGUGGAUCACCAUCAAUGAGGCUAACAUAUUUGCCCUGGUUGCAUAUGAAUUGGGUAUAUUUCCUCCUGGUAUACCUCACUUUGGAACUGGAGGUUAUCAGGCAGCUCAUAAUUUGAUUAAGGCUCAUGCCAGAUCCUGGCACAGCUAUGAUUCCUUAUUCCGAAAAGAGCAGAAGGGCAUGGUGUCCCUAUCACUUUUUGCUAGCUGGGUGGAACCAGCAGAUCCCAACUCAGUGUCUGACCAGGAAGCUGCUAAAAGAGCCAUGGCUUUCCAUUUAGAUUUCUUUGCUAAACCCAUAUUCAUUGACGGUGAUUAUCCCAAAGUCGUAAAGUCCCAGAUCGCCUCCAUGAGUAAAAAGCAAGGCUAUCCAUCAUCAAGGCUUCCAGAAUUCACAGAAGAAGAGAAGAAAAUGAUCAAAGGCACUGCCGAUUUCUUUGCUGUGCAAUAUUAUACCACUCGCUUAGUCAAGUACCAGGAGAACGAGAAAGGAGAACCGAGUUUUUUGCAGGAUGUGGAGAUCGACUUUUUUCCAGAUCCAUCUUGGAAAAAUAUAGAUUGGGUCUACGUGGUGCCAUGGGGAAUACGUAAAUUACUGAAAUAUAUUAAGGAUACGUAUAAUAACCCUGUAAUUUACAUCACCGAGAAUGGGUUUCCUCAGCGUGACCCCCCAUCUCUCGAUGACACUCAGCGCUGGGAGUAUUUCAGACAGACGUUUCAGGAGCUGUUCAAAGCUAUACAACUUGACAAAGUCAAUCUUCAAGGAUAUUGUGCAUGGUCUCUUCUGGAUAACUUUGAGUGGAACAGCGGAUACAGUAGUCGGUUUGGUCUUUUCCACGUUGACUUUGAAGACCCAGCUAGACCCCGAGUCCCUUAUACAUCAGCCAAGGAGUAUGCCAAGAUCAUCCAGAACAAUGGGCUAGAAGCAAAUCCUUAAGAAAGAUGGCUGGGAAGUGUCACCUGGAGAAGAGUCCUCUGCUUCUGGAAAGGAAACCAACUUCAAGUUGCCUCUGUAAUCAACAGCUCAUACCAGUGGAUCUGUGAUUAAGAAGUGUGGAUAUGUAAUGCCUGGGGAUGUAUUAAUUAUAGCCUUGACUUUAAUUGUAUUUUGAUCCAUAAGGUUUGGAAAAAGUAGAAUAGAAAAUCAAUAAAAUUGAUUUUUAUAUUAAAAAAUCAGAUAGACUUGGAAACUUUAAAUCUUUACAAAUUUUUCUAGAAAAAAAUAAUGCAAAGAUUAUAAAGAUAAGAUGCUCAUGAUUAGCAACUGUAACAGAAGACCACUUAUUAUAAGAAUACUUGUUUAUGAGCUUACUUAUUCUGGUUACAUAAGUGACUUUUGCUUAGUAGAUUCAAUACUGUGUGAUCCAUAAUUUUUCUACUGUUUAGCUUAAAAAAGUCCAAGCUAAA